AGUGCACUGCGCCAACACGACCGGUUAACAAUGAAAAGUAGAUUUAUAGAAAUUUUAGCAAAGAAGUGGUUCGGAGAUGUAAAGCUGCGGGUCCUACUUUCGGCACUUCUAAUUUUCGUCGGUGCCCUAAUAAUAUUCUAUAUUAAGCCGCAACUGGUGCGAAUAAUUGUGAAAUUUCUAUUUGUCGCAAAACCGGGACGUUUCGUUCGAAAUAAGCUGGAAACGAAAAUAGGCUUCAAAUACAAAUUGUACCUGUGGAAUGUUACGAAUCCAAAGGAAAUUGAGACCGGAAUCGAGAAACCGAAGUUACAAGAAGUUGGGCCGUACGUAUUUCACGAAUACAAACAAAAAGUUAAUUCGAAAGACAACGCAUCUGACGAUACUGUUAGCUAUAAUUUCUGGAGUGCCUACACAUUCAGUCCCGAAUUAAGUGCACCGCUAACAGGCGACGAGGAAAUUACUUUAUUGAAUGCGGUUAUAACGUCUGGAAUUGUUAAGGUGCAUGCGGAACGGCCACACUUGCUCAACCUUGUAGUCGAGGCAAUGGACAUUAUAUUCAAGAAACCAUCUUCAAUAUUUGUCACAAUGAAAGCGUUAGAAUGGAUCGACAAUGGCAUCGAAAUCGAUUGCAAUCACACCGAGUUGUCUGCAAAAGCAGUCUGUGCAGAAAUGCGUAGGAGCAAUCUACUAACGACUAUGAAUGACGAAAAAACUCUUUUGAGAUUUCGAUGGUUUGACAGUCUAAAAAACGACUCAAUCCAAGUACGUUAUACGGUCAUGCGGGGCAGCGAAAAUGUUCGAAAUGUUGGUCGUGUAAUUGCUAUCAAUGAUAAACCAUUAAGCGUGUACAAACACGACGAAAAAUGUAAUGUAAUUAAUGGAACGGACACAAUGUCCCUUCCACCAUUUCAGUAUAGAGACGAAAUUCUGUGGAUAUUCUCGGAUGCUGCGUGUAAAUCAUUUCCACUUCGUUUCAAAUAUAAAACUCGGAUACGAAGGAUUAAAGUGACUUACAAAUAUUUGCACUUUUCCGAUCCGUUGAUGAGCCCUACAUGCGAGUGUAAUGAAUUUACUAGUUGUGCCGUGAGGGGAACAUUGGAUUUGUACCAAUGUUUGAAACUCUUUGUUUCCGCCAGUUCGCCCCAUUACUACUUAGCUGAAGCUAGCAUUAGAGACACCGUUGAUGGAAUGAAUCCCGAUGAGAAUUUGCAUGAAACGGGAUGUUACUUAGACUUACAACUAGGUGUUCCACUUAUCGCACGGACACGUGUUCAAGUUAAUAUGCUUCUGAAGCGGAUUCCCGAAUACCCUAUCUUCAGUACUGUCGCUGGUGAUGUCUGGCUUCCACUGCUGUGGUACGAGGAAAGUUUUGAAAUUGAGAAAUCGGACUUAUCCCUCAUCGUUAUCGCCAAAGUAUUACAGAACAUCUUAUUAGGAAUCGGCUACAUUAUAAUGACGGUUGGUAUUGGCAUUUGUACCGUGACAGUGGCAUUUUUUCUACAUCGCCACGUUCGGGAUCACGUAUCGGUUAAGCCAACAGAGCAAACGGAGUCUUCUAACCAAAGUGAAACCAACAAACUCACGAUGAUUUCGAUUCAAGUAGUUCUCGAUAAAGUUUUCCCAAAAAAUGUUAAUUUCAAAAAAUAUUCCAUAAUUUUGGUGGCACUCAUUGUCGUUGGUGCAUUUAUGUCCUUCUAUGGUGUGCCCAAGCUUGUUGAGACGAUUGUCAAAUUUAUGACCAUAUUGAAGCCUGGCCGUUUCAUCAGGAAAAAGCACGUAAAUAAGCUACCAUUCACCUACAAACUGUAUCUGUGGAAUGUGACGAAUCCCGAGCAGAUUUCGAACGGAAUUGAGAAACCGAAAAUGCAGGAAAUCGGACCUUACGUGUUCUCCCAAUUCAAACAGAAACGAGACACGGUCGACAAUGUCACUGACGAUACUUUAAGCUUCGAUUUAUGGAACAUCUAUAACUUUGAUAAGCAAUUGAGUGCUCCGUUGACUGGUGAUGAAGUAGUCACUCUUGUCGACUCAGUUAUAGUGGCCGCCGUCAUUAAGGUACAAUUAGAGCGUCCACAUGUGUUAGACGUUGUGAUUGAUGCUUUGGACAUAAUUUUCAAAAAACCAUCGUCAAUAUUUGUCACGAUGAAAGCAAUAGAUUUCAUAGACAAAGGAAUUGAGAUCGACUGCAAUCAUACUGCAUACGCGGCCAAGGUAGUAUGUGCAGAAAUGCGACGGACAAAGACACUGAAAAUCUUAAAUGAAAAGAAAACUUUGCUGAGGUAUCGGUGGUUUGAUAAGCUCAACGAUUCAAUUCAAGCUCGGUACACUGUAUCACGCGGCGUCAAAAAUAUCCACGAUAUUGGCCGAAUAAGAACAGUCAAUGAUAGGACCACAAUGAAAGUCUACAAACAGGACGAGCAGCAAAAAUGCAACGUAAUCAAUGGGACGGAUAAGUUGUUCUUUCCACCGUUCCAGAAAAGAAGUGAUGUUAUCUGGGCGUAUUCACAUGAUGCGUGCAAAUCGUAUCCGCUUCGCUAUGCAUACAUGAAAACGGUACGCGGUGCAAAGACGGCAUGGAAGAGUUUAGACCUCAAGGAUCAAUGGUUCGACCAUCAAUGCGAAUGCAAUAAAUACUAUAACUGUACCGUUCCCGGAACAAUGGAUAUGUUUCCAUGUCUUGAUAUAUUUGUGUUGGGCAGUUUACCUCAUUUCUAUUUAGCUGAUGCGAGCAUACUUACCACAGUGGAUGGAAUGGACCCGAAAGUACAUUUGCAUCAGGCCGGAGUUUAUUUUGAUUUGCUUACUGGAUCACCGAUCGCAUCCCAUGAACGGUAUCAAAUCAGCUGGCUUGUGAGACCCGUUCCAAAAUAUCCGAUUUUCAGUUCCAUUGCUGGUGAUGUGUGGAUACCACUGCUGUGGUACGAUGAAUCGUUUUCGAUGGAAACGUCCGAUUUGGCGCUCAUUAUUUUCAGUCGAAUUUCAAAAAUCUUGGGAAUCGGUACUGGUUGCAUACUGAUGACCGUGGGUUUUCUGGGUCUGGUUGCCUUAGCCGCUCGUUUUCAUUAUCAUGCUGCGGUCAUACCAGAAGUAGUUGUAACUCCAAGCACAAACUGAACAUAAACUGUGGACGAGUUACUUCUCCAUGAAUGUAACACUUAAAAUUCGAAUUCGAAGAAAAUAAAUUGGUUUAGCCGUAGCGUA